UGUUUUUGGAAUUAGUAUUGCUCUUGUUCUUGCUAUUAUUAUUUUUCCACUUUUUGCUAUUGAUUUACUCAAAGAAAAUAUUCAUAGUAAUUAUUCAAAACAUAUUUUUAUUUACGAUAGUUUUUAUUUUUGAGUUAAAACUUUCGAAUUUUCUUCUUUGUUUUUUCCGUAGCAUUAUAUAUAACACGAUAAUUAAGAUUAGCUUUUAUUAAAUUAACCUUAUGAUAGAUAAAAGACUUAUUCGUGUAUAUAGACGACUAAUGCAAGAUUUUAUGCAAUUCACAUUAAGUUUUUCGAACGAAAAUAUAGUCAGUAGAAGUUUUAAUUCGACAUUUUAAUGUUCUCUCAUAUCAACCAGCACAAUGACGACAACCGUUGGCCAGAUUUUCAUAGCAAUUUAGGACAACAAUCGUGAUAAUUCUUUUCUCGAGUUUCUUAGCAGCAGAAAAGAGCGUUGAAUGGAAUUUAAAAAAAUACUUAACCUAUUUUAGAAUAUUCUAAUGCCUUUUUUUAUAUUAAAAUCGAUCCAUAACUAUACUUUUUGAGAGGUUUUUCCCCUAAUGUAUUUUUUUGUUAAUAUAAUAAGGCUAAAACAUACAUGUUAAUUUCACAUUUUAGCCUUAAAUAAGCUAUGAUAACAACCUUUUUGAUAUGAAUACAUAAACUAUUUUUGAGUUCUUUUUAAAUUAAGAAUCAAAUUCAAUUUUUGUUUUGAUUGAAAUAACUUUCUGUUUAGUAAAUUAGUUAUAAAUCUAUAAGAAUUCUCUGUUAAUAUAUUAAAAAAAAACAAAUUGAUUCGUUUGAAUAUAUAUAUAUAUAUAUAUAUUUUAGAAACAUUAGAAUUAUGUCGAAAUAAUGUUGAAUCAAUAGUACAUAUAUACAAUAAAGUAUUUCAUCAUGAAGAUAAUCAAGAAAAUCUAAUCGAUUUUUCAACAUUAGAUGAUAUUAAAUAUUAUAUUGAUAAUCAGAGACGUACUUUUCAUAAAUUAAUAAGUAUUCAACGAACAUUAGUUGGUUAUGCAUCGAUUGAACCAUCUUGUUGGUGGCUAAAUAAUGGAUUUUCAGCUUCACGUUAUAAAACACUUGUUCAACAACAAAUUGAUAUUUAUAGACUGUUAUAUCAUAUUAGUUCAUCUUUAAUACGAAUAAAUGAAUGUUCUCAGAUGGAUAAAAAACAAGUUGAAAAUCUUCGUAUUUGUGCAUCUGAUGGUUUAUUUCUUCCUGAUCUUUAUGUUGAAAUUCGUAAUUUAAGUAAACAAUUAAAUGAUUGUUUUCAAGUUUGGUCAUCUUAUUUUUGUUUAACACAAACAAAAUCUUAUCAAAUACAUCGUGGUUCAAUUCAUCAUAGAAAACAUUUAAUUAAAACUGAUUUAAAUAAAUAUGAACAAUGUUUAACUGAACUUCAUCGAACUGUUGUUUAUCUUCAAAUAGAACAUCAAAAAUCAACAAAUCGAUUAAUAAAAUAUUAUUUUGAAAGAUUUUUAUCUGGUGAAAUACCUGAAAAUUUUGUUCCAUUUGUUAAAAAUGAUCAAGCUGAUUCAAUAUUUAUUGCUAUGUCAGCUAUGUAUUAUUCAAUAACACAACUUACAAAAACAGCUUUAGCUUUGGCUACAACAAUACAUGAUGUUUUUGAACUUGAAACAACUGAUAUAUAUCGACCUUUUUAA